AUGGCCGGACAAGCAGAACACUGUCAUAACAAAGGUUCUUCUAGAUGUUCUGUAAUUGGCCCUACAAGUCGACGUGAGAAUCGCGGAUGGGCUGUUCAAUGCUCGGAAGGCAAGUUCAAAUUAUUAUUGGGAGCACUGUAGUUAAGUGGUACUAUUUGUUUAGUCGAUUGUUUACUUCCUCUGUCAUACUGUCCAGACUUCAGAAUGUCAGUUUUGAAUGAGAUCUUUAGGAUUCAAGUGUGCAAAAAUCCUGCAUGAUGCAAAGAAUUCGUUAAGAUUAAUUGAUUUCGUGUUAUGAAUUGGUUCCUAUGGCCAGAUUAACCUAACAUUCACAUUAGGGUGCAGAUAUUCAAAAUUGUAUGGUGUCAUUGUUGAGGUUUUCACUUCCUAGACUAAGAAAGUCUACACUUAAUAUAAAUAACGUCUUUUCCCUUGGGAAAGAGUAAGAGUUUGUCUCAGGAAGCAUUUGAAACUCUUGAAAAUUGGCAACACAGUCGUUCCUACAAUCAGGAGCAAAAAUAAUGAGACUUUUCACGUUUUUGGCCAUUUUCAAGUACGUCGGCCUCCCCCCUCCCCCCAUGAUCAAUGUUGGAAAAAGCGGGUUGAAUUUUCUUUUUUCAGCCAUCCACACAACAUUGAAUAGGGGGUGAGGGAGAGGGGGAAUUUAUGCGUUUGUCUCAAUAAUUUUUGCUCCUGAUUGUAGGCCCCUUAUACACUAAUUUUGAAUAACUAGUUGCAUUUAUCUAUGUGUAUGUCAUUUUCGAAUUAUUAUCAUGCAAGUAAACUUUUGGCAUGCAUAGGUAUGGUACACAUACUUCUGAUAUUAUUUUAACCUUAUCAGAAACAUGAAUAAAGCUGUUUUAUAAAAUUGGCGCAAGGGGCCUGGGAACGACAUUGUUACCUUGGCAACAAAAUUAGAAGCGUUUUUCAAUGCGUCUCAUCAUGUACAAUCAGUAUGCAAAAUUUCAUUUGAUUUGGGGCCAUAAUAACUGAGCUAUGCUUCAGUUUACUAUUCAAUAAACAUACUUACCCAACUAAUGACGUCACACGUUGUGCUGAAUCAGCAAUUUAUAUUUUGCACAUUUUUGCGUAUAACUUCGGAACUAGAUGAGAUAGAACAGAGCAUUACACGGCCAACCGGCUUAUAUUUUCAUGCUCUUUCAGAUGAAGCAAUAAAUUUUAGUUGCUAAUGUCCUUUAAUCCAAAAUUGCGCAUCCCGAUUAAUCACAGGUGCCUAAGUAUGAUCAUGUAUCUCCGACAUUAAACGCGUUAGGAUGGUUGUGAAUCGAAGAACACCUAGCUCCUGUACAGAGAUGCAUUAUUAACAUUUAAAUACAUGAAUAACAAAGCUCCACAGUAUUUAAUAUGACAAUUUUGAACAACGAAACAGAAUUCAAAACCGAGAUACUAGUAGAAAUAGAGUCCUGCAUGGAUAUUCCAAAAUUUAGGACAUUGAUCGGUCAAACAUCAUUUAAAUACCGAGGGACGAAAAUAUGGAAUGGUCUAGAUACAGAGCUGAUAUCAAUUAGUAAUUUGAACUAUUUUAAGUAUUAUUUUCUUUAUUAUGUAUUCAACGCGCGCGUUAGCCCGCACACAGCCCGCAAAUUGUAAGCUUCAACACUGAGCUAUAUAUAUUUCAUACGUAAUUCUAAUACAUAACUUCAAGAAGACCAGGGAUGGGCUCUCUGUGUUUUAAAACAAAACUUAAGACUCUUUUUAACUUUUUAACUCAUAAACUAUAAUAUAUACAAUUUUAGUUCACGUAAUAACUUGUAUUAAUUAAUCAUUAAUGAUAAGAUUGUUGUAAAUAUAGUCGAUAUUCAUAAUUUCUUUUAAAAUUUAUGUAAAUUGUCAUUGAAAAGCCAUUUUAAGGAAUGUCAAUUAAUAAAUUCAUUCAUUCAUUCAAAUAUUGCGCUCAGCGCUUUGAACCAUAAUUGUCUCAUUUGUUUUAAUCCGCAGACGAUCAAGUUAUCCCACAUGAUGCAUGCCAGGAAGCCCAGUAUCCGUAUGAAAUAAUACCGUUAAUCGAAGGUUAUUCAGAGAAUCAAGGACCAGGGAAACAGCGUGCUACUGGUUCAAGCACUCUGGUUAAAGGACCGAACAAUGUCAUAGUUGACACUGGAAAUCCAUCUGAGAAAGAGAAACUUUUAAGGUAAAUGUAAUCAGUAAUAAGUCGUGUUUACACUAAACAGCCUUGGCCUGCCCAAGGUCAGGCCAAGGUAGAUGUGGCGCGUUUACACCAUUACACUAUUUUUUUGAGAUUGGCUCACAUUGACCUAGAAUUUUGUAAUUAAUGUUAUGUAUUUUUACGUGGUGUGACGUUGUCCGCUGGUUAUCCGCUAAUCUCUCACAAUGGACACACGUUGGCAUAAAAAUAAAGCCUAAGCCAGGGCCAAAAGUGUUUACAUUUCCACAAGCCUAGGCCUAGACCAGACCUAGGCCACCGGUUGUAGUAGGCCCAGAUUUCCUGGCCUAGGUCAGGCCAAGGCUAGGCCAAAGUCUGUUUACACUGUCAAAAUGUAGGCGAAAGCCAAGCCAAGGCUAGGUCAAGGCUGGUAGUGUAAACACGACUAUAGAUAUUAACCUAUUCAGUAUCGCAACUCUAAUUUAAGGGAACGGUCAUUAAUUACAGGGGAGGUUGGCUGGUAGUAAAAGAGGGGAGGUCAUAUAUUUUUGUGCAUGAAAAAGGGGGGGGGGCAAAAUUUUUGUACAAUAUAUAUAAUAAAUACCUGCCCCGUAUGACCCCGUUGUACCAAAAAACCUACUGAUAAAAAUAGGGAGCAGUAGAAACACCAAUUAUUAAAAUGAUUUCAACAUAAACACGUACAUUGGAACAGCUGUUGACUCAAUAAAUGGUAAAGAAUAUACUGAAUAUAUAAAUUACGAUACAUGUAUAUAGGGCAUAGUGCCACUCUCACAGAUCUACCAUGAGCAUCACAGAUUUUACUAAAACCUCACGGUGAGCUCACAGCUUGGUAAUAUCUCACGAAUUGUCACUGAUUUAGAAAAUAACCUAACUGGUUCUUACAUAUGUUGGCUUCGUUGCACAUUAUCACUAAUAAGAGUGACUUCAUUUGCGCCAAAUUACAUAAAACUUUUUUUUUCUGAAAAAAUUAACACCAUUAAGCCAAAAAUAGAUAAUCAAAACAUCACUUCAUGCAACCUCGUACUCAUAGGUAUUCAACAAUAUGGUUUUGUAUAUCUAAAUAAAAGCUGCCAAAAAGUUGUGUAUGAGGUAUAGAAGAUUCUGAAAAUGCCAUUUCCAACGAGACUCCAUAUUUUCAAAAAUUCUCCACUCGGCGCCUCGUGGGCCCUCCAAAACAAAAUCUCACGGAUGUUUUUUUUUCUAAAGUUAGCAACUAUGAUAGGGUAGUAUAAUCAAAUGUGGCUUCACUUUAUAACAACUUUAAAUUACGAAUGUUCCUUUUGUUAUUUGCAUCAGGGGGUUAAAGUAUAAUUGUGUUAUCUUUAAGGAGAGGCCAACAAAAUUUUAGCAUCUAAUUUUUUAUUUCCACUAGCCCUUUUCCCCGACCUCCCCUGUAAUUAAUGACCGAUCCCUAAGUUGGGACUCCAUUGCACCUUCCAUCCCCUCGACACAGUAAAUUCAUCCCUGGACCAACUACAAAUUUCAGAAUUGUAGCUAUCAAAAAUAAGAAUUGCAUGCUAUACGUUAUUUAGCUUUUCGAGGGUUAGACAGUGAAACACAAAACACCAUUGUUUGGCUAUCCACAAACGUAUAGCCAUAGGCGUAGUAUAAAGAAAACUGAACCCAAUUGUGCAAGACUUAAUGUACUGCACGUAGACAGUAAAUUUCAAAUGUGAUAUAAUGUAAGUUAUAUUGUUAUGUAACCAUAACCUGGGUGCCAGAGGCUCGGCUCUGGUCACACGAGCUUCCAGCCUCACUUUGGUGAGUUCCAUAUUUGAACUCUGUUUGUGAUUUUUCUAAGUUUAUGUGAGCCUCUUCAUUGGUUAACCGAUGAGCGUCGGUUAACCGAUGAAAAGAUUCACAUAAAUUUAGACCAAUCACAAACAGAGUUCAAACAUUGAACUCACCAAAGUGAGGCUGGAUGCUCGUGUGACCAGGGCCUCCUCGUCGUGUCUUCACUUCUAUCACAGGAGGCUGUGGCACCCAGGGUAAUAUAACCACUGAAGUCCGAGUUAAGUCGAUUAAAUCAUAACAACAAACGUCGAUUUUUCAUACUGGCAAAACGUUCGAUUACUCGGUCUACAUCAAUUGGUUCGGUAUCGUAGAUGUACAUUAUGGCCAAAGAAUUCAAACGACCUUCAGUUGUUCGAUUACGCACUAAUAUGUCUUGAGAAGCCGUAGAGACGAAAACUGCGCUCAAUGGUUGCUGUUGAUAUGGGCAAGAUGCUGGCAAUAGUUAAAAGGACGUAAAUCCUUGGAAAAACAUUGGGAUCGCAAAUUCUAUGUGAUCAGUUGAUGAAUCAGUUGAACUGGAAUAUUCUCUUUUCCAUUUAGCAACCCACAAUGGGCACUGCACUAAGAAGGCAUUCAUGCCACUAGUAUCGUGAGGCAUAACAUUGUAAGCAUGAAGAAAAUGUGAAUAGUUUCCAUAAAGCUGCAUGAACUCUUCUUCCACUUCUUCCACUGCACCAUACUUUGCACAGUUAGUUGGAAACAGCGACUCAAGCAACCCAGCAAACGUCGUUUUCUCAUUAAAUCGAAAUCGCAAUUGCUCAAGAAUUGUAUCCAAAAUGGGAUAUACACUGCUACGCGGAAAUAAUCAAGUCCGUGAGUAGAAUCGUCAACAUCUAAAACAUCUUGGUUAUCUCGACACACUGAUCUUUGACAAACUCUUGGAUAUUCUACUUUGAUUUUGAGGCAUGUUACUGUGUCGAGAAUCAAUUUUACUUUAAUUAAUGUUGAAGUAAGUACAUAUAUUUAGCGAUAAAUAUUUCCAAAGGGGGGAGCCGCGGCUCCCACGACUCUUCCCCUGGCUACGUCCCUGAUUGCCAUCCUUUUUGAUUCAUUAAUCUGAAUAACUGAAUUUCUCCUUCGUUCUUGUAAAAAUAUACAAGUCAAGCACAGCACAGCACAGUUGGUUUUAACUAGGAAAACCUAAACUUUAGCAAAAUCUGCUAUGAGGGUGAUUAAUCAGACUGAAAUAGGAACAGAUCCUGCUGGAAAAUAACAUCAACCACACAAAACAUUGCUUUUAAAGUAAAGCUAAAAGCUGCAACGGCAAUACGUAAAAGAAAAUUAAGCAAUCAAAACAACGUAAGGUGAGAUACCUAAACAUACGGCAAUUGACCAAAUAUAACUAUCAUUCACAUAAAAUUAGCAAUUAUAUUCGCCCAAGGCGAGGGGAUUACCAGGGAAUAUUCGCCGAGACGAAGUCGAGGUGAAUAUUCCCCAAUAACCACCGAGCCUGAGACAAAUAAUUCAGUUUUCUUGGACUGAAUUUAUUUUAAUUUCGCUUAUGUCUUUAUCAGUCACUUCCACGAAGCGGCUAGCCGCCAUUUUGAAAAUUUCGGUUUUGCUAUAUUCACCUGUAGGUGAACAUAACAGUUUAAUACGUCAAAUUUGACUAAUCAAUUUGCAGGAUUUGUUAUAUUCACUUGUGUUAAAAUACUAAAGCUCGUUUGCAAACAUUACGGCAGAUUAUAUUAUUAUCUAGUGCAUUGGACAAGAAAGGUGGCAUGUUGCCAAUCUCCAUUGAUUAUGUGGUUUGUACUCACGGUCACUCUAAUCACGUGGGAAAUUUAAACUUGUUCUCGGAUGCGACAUUUAUUAUGUCCUACUACGUGUCAAUGAAAGACGAGUAUACUGUUUAUCCUUUUAAAGACGGACUAUCUUACAAAAUUGAUGAUGGUAAGAAUAACAGGGCGCGAAAUAACGGCUGUAGUGUCGCCGGUCGAGGUGACUGGCCAACUCAAUUUUAGCUCGGACAUACCGAAUUUCUGGCCGGUCAAAUUAUUCAGCUUAAAGCAAAGCCUAGUAAAGUAUACCCCUAAAAAUGUGACUAUUUCUACAGUAUAGCACAAUAUAAAGCCUUAUGGUAAUCAGUAAUUAAAAGCUCCUUCACAUAAAACAGCUUGCACUGCGCUAAAAUCACGGCCUUAACUCUUAAGCCAAAAGCAUAUGGCCAAGGGCUUUGUGACGUACUGCGUGGGAAAGCUUGCGUACAUUGAUGUUCUUUUCCCGCAAAAUAUUCGACAACAUGUUACUUUAUUUUGAUUAUUAAUUAAAGUGAAGAUUAGUUUGUUCUUUUGCCGAAAGUGAGUCAAGUGAGCGGUCAAAAUGACCGGCAAGGUAAGAAUUUGACCGGACAACUCCGCAUUCUGGCCGGACAUUGUCCGUUGACCGGCCGUUAUUUUGCGCUCUGGAAUAUGUCAAUUAUAACUUUAAUAAUAGUAUAUAUGACAAAAAAUUCUCAAUUCUGUUAGGCCAAGAGCAGUGCAUUUUUUUUUCGAAAUACAGAGCCAGAAAAUGAAAUACAUGCAGUGCAAACAAAGAAAUACAGUGCAAAUGUCUUAAUUCUUUAUUUUUCAAAUUCCUUAAUUUUGCCCGCGAGGAAGACUAAUUAUCGUACACAGUGAAGCCCCUUUUGAGUUCUGGGGAAGCCUUUUUCCUUGAAAAGUUUCCAUCAAAAGUUUCCUGACAAAUUUAAUUUUUCGUGUGAACAAAAUGUUGUUAAACAAGUUUUCUCAUGACAAGUUUCCCUUGACAAGUUUCGUUGCUCGUUUUCACGGAAUUUUUAUUUAACAUUUAUUUCACGCCAAGGCUGUAUUUAUUUUUGGAAAAGGAUUUCUUGUACAUUUGUCAGGUUUUCCUUGCCGGACCGUACAAACGAACAACUUUUCCUUGUCCAAAAGCUUGCAUGAACAGCUUUUGAACAAUUAAGGCUCCUUGAUGAGAAAAAAAUAUCAUUUUUUUGCUAUAAACACCCGUGCAAAUAAAAUUCGUCAAGGUAAACUUGCUCGUCUGUACGGGACAUAGGAUUUGCACAUUUUGAUGCGCAGUUGACACUAGAAAUUGGCUUGAAAAUCAUACUUUUCAGAAGUGGAGGUAAUUCCAACGCCUGGCCAUACCAACAGUGACGUAAGCGUGAUUGUAAAGAACACGCGUUAUGGAGUGGUAGCUAUCACGGGAGAUUUAUUUGAAAAAGAAGAGGACCUCGAGCGAGAUGAUUUGUGGAAGCAGUUUAGUGAAAACCCGAAGAAGCAGAUGUCGAACCGUGAAAUGAUCCUUGGCAAAGCAGAUUUUAUUGUGCCUGGUCAUGGGAAAAUAUUUCGAAAUACCAGGAAAUGAAUUGAUUUUAUUGCACUGUAAAUACAAU